GAAGCGUGCGGCCGGUUGUUGCUAGGCUACAGCUGCAGCGAAUCUCCUCAAACCCACAAACUCGUGUUUAUUUUCUGCCUCAUGUUUGUCUGUAUUUAAUUCAGAUGAUGAAGUUUAUGGUGUAAGACUGAACUCGCUUCCAUGUUUAGCGUAUCUAACGUGUGUGGUGUUAACAUUGGACCUGUAACCGUUCAUUUGAAACCGUUAAACUUUAAAAUGCUAAAUGAGGCUAGCUACUUAGCUAUUAUUUACAACCAGAUGAAUUAAAUCUGCUAGAUACGUAUCCCUCAUGAUCUCUAUGCUACAGUGGAGUUAGCUGAAUGCUAACGGUGUCUGCAGAGGUUCAAGAUGGCAAAACAGAAGGUUAAAACCUCUAAAAGUUCCUUCAAAGAUGACGAUUUGCUCGACAGCUUGUUUGAUGACAAAAAACAACCAGUGAGAAUGAAAGAACCUCGGGGCAGAGAUUUAAAUCGCUCAUCUGCCACUGAUAACAUCUUCAGUCUGCUGGCGGAGGAGUUGAAGCGCGACGGCGUGGACUCUGAGAACUCUGAUGUUUCAGCAGCCGAUCCCAGCGACAUCCUGAAGGACAUGAAGGACCUGGAUGAUAUGGAAGUCGAGCUUUUUUCGUUGAAGAAAAAGACCCUCGGAUCAGCUCCUGCUCAAACGAAGCCAUCGCCUAGUGAAGGACCAAAGAAAGACUCUACUGUGCUGGAAAGUAGCGUAAAACCAGAGGGAGAAGAUGAGCCCAGCGCAGGAGGGAAGAGGCCGGACUCUGCUCCUUCGUCCACGACACGUAACUACAAGAAGUUCACGUUCUCAGACGAUCUAGACGACCCCCUGGCCGACCUCCUCGAUGACCUCCUCCCAGAUGAAACCAAGCCUGAAUCUAAAUCCAAUCAGACCAAACCUGAGAAAUCUGCACCGUCUCCUUCAGCCUCUCCCGCCCUAAAGACUGAAACAACGAAGGCAGCAAAGAAAAGUGACUUUACGUUCGAUGAAAAGGACGAUCUGAUGGAUGCGCUGGGAUUUGACGGUGAUGGAAGCAGUGCCAAGAAAAAGGGGACUCCUCUUUGGUCCGCUAAGGAAAGGAGUGAUGCUCCUCAGAGAACUCGCACUAGAAUCGAUGAGAUUCUGGAGAGUUUCACUUCGCCGGGUGUGAGGGACAACCAGCUUCAGUCGGAAGAGAAGAGGCAACAUGAAAAGACCUCAGUUGGGAAAGAGUCUCUUUUGGAAGACGACCUGACGUUUGGGUCCUAUCAGCCCACGCUGGUUUCUACCCCUGAAGGCCGCCAGUCCCGCAGACAGUCCGUCAGAUUUUCCACAGAGGACGUUUCUGCCUCUACCCCAGAAAAGAAACCAAAAGCCACCUCCAAUCGACACCGCAGCUCGGCCGACUGGCUCGGCCUCAAAGCAAACGACGACCUCAACUAUCUGGAUGAUGAUCCUAAAGAAGUCAAGUCUCCAAAGCUCCCCUCCUCUCCGCUGCUGGAGAGAAAGAACUCCGUCACAUCUGUUACUAAAACAGCAGCAGAAGCUCCUGCAUCGACCAAUAAUAACAAUAAUAAUGUCUCCAGUCAAAGCAAAGAAAUCCAGAAGAAAAAGGAGGAAGAGGAUGAUGAUUGGUUAGCUGGAGCGCUGAGCAGGAAGAAGGCAAUAACUUCCAAACAGGAAGACUCUUUGUUCCUGGGUGAAGAGGUGGAUCUGGAGUCGAGUGUUACCAGUAGACAAGCUGCUUCACAGAGAGGAAAAGAAGACACUCUUCUGUCUUUAAAGGAAACUAGUGACACUUUUCUGGGUCGACCCAGUCCUGCUGCUCAUUCCACCCCCGUCAGAGAGGAGAUGCCCAAACAAGAUCCUCCAGCUCAACCUGCUGAUCCCUCACCAGCCCCCGCUGCCAGCAUUAGCCACCCUCAGCGCCCUCCGUCCGGUCAUGGAUCCAGGACGCUGAAGGAGUCCAGUCAGGCUUCAGGUGAAACCCUGCAGCCGCCGGCCGGCUCUCUGCCCUCUGUACUGCCUGGCACAUCAUGGCUUUCACAGCAGAACCAGAUACAGAACACGUCCACUGCUGUUCAACAGCAGGCGACUUUCCCAGCAGACUUUCUGCAGCAGCUGCUGCUACAACAGCAGCUGAUGCAGACUCAGCUGCUGGGUCUGGGAGGUGGUGCUGAUGCCGGGGUCAUGCAGAGACUUCCAGACAAACAACAGCAACCUGGAGACUGUCAGGCUUUACAGGCACGGAUCAUCCAGCUGGAGGGACAGGUGAAGACGCUGCAGCUGGAGCGAGACCAAAGCCAGAUGGUGCUGGAGAACAUCCAACAGCAGCAUAAACACACAGUGGAACUCAUGGAGAACACACACAAGGCUCGUGUGAAGCUGCUCGAGGAUUCAUCCACCCAGCGGGAAACACAAAUGCAGCGAGAGUGUGAGGAUCUGAUGGAACGUCUGGCCACGGUGACGCGGUCCGCCGAGCACGAGCGCUCAGAGCUGCAGGCGCAGUACCAGCGCAAACUGGCCCAGGCCCAACAGGACAGAGACCGAGAGGUGGAGAGACUCAGAGACCUGCAGAGAAAAUCGAUCUUGGAGAUGAAGAAAGACCACGAGGAUCAGGUCCAGAGACUGAAGAAGCUGAAGAACGAGGAGAUCGAUGCUGUUACAAGUGCGACGUCUCAGACCAGGUCUCUGGCAGGCAUGAUCGAGCAGAUGGAGCAGUUCUCCUCUCGUCUUGGCGAGCUUUCUUCUCGGGUGGAGAGCACACACGAGCACACGGCUCAGGGCCUGGAGAAAGGGGCGCGGCACAGAGACGAGCAGCUUCGAACCAUGCAGGACCGUCUGGCCCAGCAGCAGAGAGCCAUGGCAGAGGAGAGAGCUUACCUCAAGGAAAUCAUCUCCAGGAUGGACACGCAGCUCAACGAGCAGCAGAGGCAGCUCGAAAAAGAGCGCUGGAAGGUGACAGCAGAGCAGGCCAAAGCCGAGUCGACCCAGAGAGGCCUGGAGGAGGAGCGGCGAGUCCAGACUCUGCAGCUCAGCAUGGAGAGAGAGGAGCUGGAAAGAGCAAAGAGCGCUCUCCUGGAGGAGCAGAAGUCAGUGAUGCAGCUCUGUGCGGAUGAGAGGAGGAAGCUGGCGGCCGAGUGGGCUCAGUUCCACACCCAGGAGAAGCAGCGGCGGGAGAGAUCAGAGCGGGACGUCAGCAGCCUCCUGGAGAAGAGGGAGGGAUCCAUCCUCAGCCUGGCUCAGGAUCAGGCAGACAUGAAGCUCCGCAUGGCCGAGCUGAAGCAGAAGGAGACGUCCGUGUCACAGGAGCGAGAGACUCUGGAGCGACUGAGAGAAGAGCUGGACCGAGAGAAAGAGAAGUUAAGCAGCACAGCACUCAGGCUCAAAACACGAGCCCAGGAGGUGGAGGCCUUCAGCAAGCUCGCUGCAGACAAGUUUGAGGAGGGGGAACGAGCUCUGCUGGAGGCGAAGCGUGUGGAGGCUCAACACGAGGCUCGACUGAGGAACAUUCAUUCCCAGACGGAGCAGCUGAGGCAGCAGGAGCAACGAGUCCUGAAGGAACGGAUGCAGUUAAAUCUUGUGCAGAAGGACACAGAAAUGAGACCAAGCGUGUCCAUUACACCUUUACCUCCAGUGAUUCCAACUCUUUUACCUGAUUCGGUCUCAGUGUUGCCAGAACCUGAGCUCACUACAACCCUGAACCUCCUCCCUCCUCCUCCUUCACUUUCUAACAAUCGGUCCAUGGCGCUCCAGGCCAGUCUGGCUCUGUGGAAGUACACAGCAGAAAAGGACCGGGAAUUUCUCCAGGAGGAACAGAUCUUUCUAGAGAAUCUGAAGAAGAAACCUUACAGAUCAUCUUUCACCACUGAUUGACCGACACAUGCUGGAUCAUGUUGGUGUUUCCAGGUGCUCAGUACUUGAAUUUUAUACAUCGUUUUAUGAAACAUUGUUAUUUUUUGUAUUAAUAAAUCCUGCGUUCAGUAUCAGA